GAGUACCCAAGAUCAGCUAGAAUUUAGUCACUUAUUAAGGCUUAAUUACUUAGGGUUUCUGAGUAGCGAGUCCCAACUAAGAGUUCCUUCACUUCAAAACUUUUUCUUUCUCCCACCCUGGCUCUGAGAAGAUGGUAGAACCCACUUCCGUGUUUCGCUCUCCGGGAAAUCUCGCGAUGGAGGGAGGAAGAGGUGCACCCUCAGAAGUGCUUCAAGAAGAAAGACAGUGUGGACACGGUGUCCCUCCGAGUUCCGAAGCUAGCAGCGUGAAGAGAAGCGGUUGGGGGCUCUUGUUCACUGGUGUUGUUGGCGGGGCCCUCGUGGCCGUGUAUGCUGUAGCAACACCAUUUAUCACACCAGCCCUCCGGAAGAUCUGUUUGCCUUUUGUACCUGCAACUGCAAAGCAGAUUGAAAAUGUGAUGAAGAUGCUGCGGCACAGACGAGGGUCCCUGGUAGACAUUGGCAGCGGUGAUGGACGUGUUGUAAUAGCAGCUGCAGAAGAAGGAUUCACAGCGGUUGGUUAUGAAUUAAAUCCAUGGCUGGUUUGGUAUUCCAGGUACCGAGCUUGGAGAGCAGGCAGCUCAGCCACAUUUUAUAUUUCAGAUUUAUGGAAGGUUACCUUCUCGCAGUACUCGAACGUGGUGGUCUUCGGCGUGCCCCAGAUGGGACUCAUAAAUCCAGAAGAGCAUUUUGGGAUCACUGCUCUUCCUCCAUCAUUCACGGAAGUAAUGGCUGUUGCUCUCCACAGAUGCCACAGCUGGAGAAGAAACUUGAACAGGAACUUGAGGAGGACGCCAGAGUCAUCGCGUGCAGGUUCCCUUUCCCGCACUGGACACCAGACCACGUCGUUGGAGCCGGAGUGGACACCGUGUGGGCUUAUGAUAUGGGCACUUUGAGGGGAAGGGAGAAGAGGCCCUGAAGGGCCAGCAUCUGCAGUUGGCCAUUCCAGUGGAGACUUUAUGGAGCAUGCUUCUCUGCCACGUUGGUGGUCGUCUUCCAUUGGAAACUUACAGUCAUGUCAGCAUCGGCAUGUUUUCCUUUGGUAAGGACUGAAAAAUUAGUUUCUUCCUUAACUUUUGGAGAAAACAAAUGGAAGUUAAGAGAAAACAGGAAGAUUUAAAAUCCACUUUUAAUGGAAUAUUCUAAAAAAAGUGCAUACUGCCUUGUCAUGCACUCGGGUGUGUCAAAAUAUGAGAAAGUGAUGGAAAGGUUCAUGGCUUCUGAAAAUGUCAGCAACGUUUUCCAUUGUAAACAACAUGGCCUAACGCCACAGAUGAGAUGACACAGUGUUUAGAGUGUGCAGAUUCCCAAAUGUUUGCACUGUGCUGUAACUUUACUCAUACUUAAGAUUUAUCUCUUUUCUGUACGUUAUGGAAAAAUUCACUUUCUAGAGGACUCAGUAGGUAUUUAUAUUUAUGGCAUUUAUUAGGCAUCAUUUGCUCCAAGAUUAGUAGAUUGCUGCAUGUUAUUGAGUCUAACACAUAUAUUUGUGUACGUGUAUAUGUAUGUAUGCAAGUGGGUGUGAAUAACAUGCAUUUUAACAUUUCUGGAAUUGUGACAUACCUUCCCAAUAAAGGCAUUUGUAGCUUUAAUUGGCA